AUGUUUUACAACGGCGAAACUAUUUGCGAGGCAUUCUUCAAGGCAGAGACAAGCUGGAUUCUCUCCCAAGGGCCUUCCACAGUGUCCUCCCCGGAGAAAAAACGUCAGUGGGAAAAGAGUGACAAAGUCACUGUGCCUCGCAGCUUCCGGCUGCUAGACGAGCUGGACGCCUGCGGCAGACAGCGUAGUUGUGCCGGUUGUUCGCUGAAUGUGGACUUUUCUGAAAAGGGCCAAAAGUGCGAAAGAGCAUCGCACCUUUCCUGGGGCCUGGCCUACGAUGACGACAUCACCCUGACCACGUGGAACGGCACGAUUUUCGGACCUAUUGACACAGCCUUUGACAACCGUAUCUAUUCCCUCCAAAUUGUUUGUGGACCUAACUAUCCGGACGUCCUGCCCGAAGUGCGCUUCACUGCGGGCAUCAAUAUGAAUUGCGUCGAUUCCGAGGGGACCGUCAAGCCGACGUGGGGCGUCUUAGGCCCACAGUGUGCAGUGGCCUCUAAGGGAGGCUCGGAGCUCUGGAAUCUGCUUGCUUUGCAUGUUCUCCGGCACGGCUACUCAGCGACCCAGAAAAGGUGCAGCCCCGCCAACCGCCAUUUGACCCAGCCGGACACCGCGCCCCCUGUACGCUUGCAAGGUGAUGUGGGGCUUCCGAGCAAGGAAGCAGCUUUCCUACGCAUCCAGUUUGUCAUGUGCAAGAGCUCAUCCACCGCAGGAACAGGCCUCUGGAUCCGUGGCCAAGCUCGGAACUUGGAACAGCUGCGGACCUUCUCCGUAAAGUUAGAUGCAGACAUGGAAAGGGGAAGGCCGAGAAGUAUUCAGAUGGCACCACCUGACAACACAUCAGAUGACACCUUUGUUUUGGACGGCCAGCUGCAAGGUAGCAUCGAGCUCCAGAGAAGCACCCGAAGAUGCAAGUCGGCCCCCAAGGGUUGGAAGCUUCCGACCUUCAUCGACGUGGACGCAAGGUUUGUGAACUUCGCUGUCGAAAUUGAUGAAGCAGUUUCAGCCUUUCCCCCAGAGGGUGCUCCCGGCCUGGUUUUAGAGAAGCUUCAGGCACCUAUCGGAGUGGAGCUCGAGGUUGUGCAGCAGCUUGAGGACGUGGUGCGCUGGAAUACGGCCAUCGCCGAGCAUGGGCGCGCCAAACACUGGCGCAAAGCGGUGCAUCUGCUCGAGCGCGGGGAGGAAGAGCGUCGACACCCCAACACCGUGACACUGAACGCUGUGAUGGGUGCUUGCGAUCGCGCUUCACAGUGGCAGCACGCCCUGUCGUUGCUCCGAGACCUCCACAAACGAGGGCAGCCGGACGUCAUUAGCUACAACACGGCUCUGAACGCCUGCGCCAAAGGCAGCUGUUGGCAGCUGGCUGUGGCCCUGCACCGGCCCGGCACUGCCUUGGCACCGGCUUUGAGGUCCUGCAGCCAAGGCCGGCAGUGGCAGCGGGGCCUCGCCAUGCUCGACCAGGCCGAGGAGUUGGACCUCCGGGCCCUGACGGCUGGGAUCCAGGCCUGCUCUUUCGGGGGCUGCUGGCAGCUGGCCCUGGAGCUGCUUCAGCGGAUGGAAGGCCUCCGGCACACUGCAGAUGCCAUUGCCAUCAGCGCUGCCAUGGGAACAUGCGAGAAGGCCGACCAGUGGCUUCUGGCCCUGGCCCUCUUUUGUGGCCUAAGUGGCCGGGAAAUUCAACCUGAUGUCGUCAGUUUCAACUCCGCACUUAGCAGCUGUGCACGAGGAGAGGCAUGGCAAGAAGCCUUGCAGCUCCUCCACGCGGCUUGCCACGAAGUCCAGCCGGAUGUGGUGACCUUCACCACUGCCAUGUCCGCGGCGUCCCGGGCCCAUGGCUGGGAGCAGGCCCUCGAGUUGCACAGGAUCCUUCGCACAGCGGUUGAGGCCAACAGCGUAGCGCAACUAACCACCAUCCAAGCCUGCGGGACCCUGGAGAACUGGCAGAAAGCGCUGUGUUUGCUGGCAGAUCCAGAUCCUGGUGACCUAGAGGUGAGCAGCUGCAACGCAGCACUCGCGGCGACGGGCUCCUGGAAGGCAGCGUUGCAGCUCACCGCCUCCAUGGCCAUCACAAGGAUUCCUGCCACUUCGGUGACGUGCCAGAGCCUCGCACGCUCGUUCGAGAGGGCUUCACGCUGGCAGCCUGCACUGGGGAGCUUGGCCUGGCUGAAGAACUUCAAAGUUCCUCCAGAUGACGACUCGUACAAGGCCAUCGUUGCAGCCUGCCAGGCCUGUACGGCCACAGCCGCAGGCGUGGCCUUGAUGUACGAGAUGCAGGGGAAGGAGGCCAAGACUGGCUCUUCCACUUUGCUGUGGACCCUGGCACGGCUUCAAGUCCGGGAUGCGGAGCUCCGUGCCUUAGCUGCCACCGCUGUCGCCCCAAUCCUGGAGGGCUCCACCUCCCCAGCGGAAUUGGCAAUGAUAUCCUGGUCCCUCGCGACACUGGGCAUCGCGAGCCCACGAUUUCGGGCCGAGUGCUGCCGUCAAACACCAUCUCUUCACCGCUUCACCACAGAGGAGCUCCGGCACGUCUCCCUCGGCCUUGCCGCGGCUCCGGGCGGUCCAGAGGCCUUCCGCGAGUUGCAGCGGGAGGUGCGAGCCCGUCUGCGAAAGCUGACCUUGACGAGCUUUGCAACGCCUCUUCGACGAAAGGCUCUGGAGGACGACCUUCUCAGCAUUCUUUGGGCCUGCAGCUUCGCAGGCGCCGUGCACCCGACGCUGCGCUGGGCGCUUGGUGACUGCUUCCGAGAGCUUGGCGCCAGCUUGGAUCAGAGGUCCCGAUCGCUGCCUCAGCCACUGCACAGCAAGCGCCCGCUGCUGGGGCCGUCUGUGCGGCUGGAGCUGGAGGAUCGGAUGGUGAUCCUCAAGCCAGUGGGCUGGGAGGUUUGUGACGGGAACCUUCAGCGACAGCUUCGACACUUCGUGGGCUCUUGGAAAGGCGGCAACUGGCCGAUCUUGCAGAGCACGCAACACGAUCAUGGCUUUCUGCACCGCGUUGAUGUUCCGUGCUCUGGGUUGAUUCUCUUUGCGAAGAGCUUUGAAGCAUACUACGACUUGCAGGUGCAGUUGCGAGCUGGAGAGAUUCGGCGCGAUUAUACCGUCUUGUGUCAUGGGUGGAUGGCCCAGCGGCAACGCAGGGUGGAUGCACACGUCACAUGGCAAGGAGACGGACCAACUCACUCCAGCUGUGUCGGAAAGCCUGCACGCACGGAAUUCAAGGUCCUGGCACACAUUCUGCUCGCUGUUGGCACGGCGACUUUGACAGUGGUGCGGAUCACGACUGGCCGCCGCCACCAGAUUCGCAGCCACUGCUCGUUUACGGGGCACGCAGUCGUGCGGGACGAGAAGUACACAGCUCUACAGACGCAGCAGUUGGACUUCAGCGUUUGCGAGUCGAUCUUUUUGCAUCGCCACUGCCUGAUCUUCAACGGCAUGACCGGAGAACAUGAGGUGGUGGAUCGUUUGCCUGCGGACCUCACUGCCGCCCUGACCACCGCAGUUGGCAAGGAUUCCGCUUCUGCUGUCGCGCUGGGCCGUUGCCUGACAGACUUUCAGCACUACAUUUUGCAGAUUCCUCAAUGA